AUGAGCGCCUCUCUCGACCCUACCAAGCAAGCCUUCAUCGAAGCCGCAAUCACGCACGGCGUCCUCCUCUUUGGCGAUUUCAAGCUCAAAUCCGGCCGUCAAUCCCCUUACUUUUUCAACGCCGGUCUCCUCUACACCUCCUCCCUCCUCUCCACGACCGCCUCGGCAUUCUCGGCCAUCCUCACCGGCGGCAGAAUACCAGAGUUUGACGUCCUCUUUGGGCCGGCGUACAAGGGCAUCUCGCUCGCUGCUAUUACUGCGGUCAGUCUGUAUAGGGAUAGCGGGCGGGAUGUGAGCUACGCGUAUAACCGGAAAGAAGCCAAGGAUCACGGAGAAGGUGGAUCGAUGGUCGGCGCACCCCUGAAAGGCCGAAUCGUCAUCAUUGAUGACGUCCUCACGUCCGGUAAAGCCAUCCGGGAGGCUAUCGCCAUUAUCCGCGCCAACCCAGGCGCCGAGCUCGUCGGAAUUGCUCAGCUUGUGGAUAGGCAGGAGAGGGGCCAAGUGGGAGAGCGGUCGACAGUCAUGGAGGUGGAGGAGGAGUUUGGCGUGCCGGUGGAGGCCAUGUUGAGGAUGGAGGAUAUCAUGGCGUAUAUGCGGGUCAAGGGCAUGGAUGAGGAGCUGGGAAGGAUGGAGAAGUACAGGCAGGACUACGGGGCAAGGGCAUGA